UUCCCCCCCCCCCCCUUCAGGUCCAGCUCAGAACAGAGGAAGGUGCGCUCCCGUGACGCCGCACGCUGUAGGCGGAGCCAGGAGACGGAGGUGUUUUACGAGCUCGCCCACUCCCUGCCCCUCCCCCGCAAAGUCUCCACCCACCUGGACAAGGCGGCCAUCAUGAGGGUGACCCUCAGCUUCCUGCGCAUGUACCGCCUCCUCCACUCAGGGGAGGAGGAGGAGGUGGCGGAGCCUGAUGCGGAGGGAGAGGAGCUUACGGACAGCUUCUACCCUCGGGCGCUGGCGGGUUUCGUCAUGGUGAUGACGGAAGAGGGAGACAUGAUCUACCUCUCGGACAGCGUCAGCAAACACAUCGGCAUAACCCAGUUGGAGAUGAUUGGCCAGAGCGUGUAUGACUACAUACACCCUUGUGAUCAGGAGGAACUACGAGAUCUGCUCACACUCAGACCAGGUGUGUCUAAGAAGAGGCAGCAAUCUGAGAGGAACUUCUUCUUAAGGAUCAAGAGCACCAUGACCAACAGGGGGCGCACUGUCAACAUCAAGUCUGCCACUUGGAAGGUGCUGCACUGUACAGGUCACGUGCUGCAGGAGGACUCAUCGCCCCCUGCUGGUGGCGUGCUGACACUGCUGUGUGAGCCCAUCCCUCACCCCUCCAGCGUGGAGUUCCCCCUGGACAGCAGCACCUUCCUCACCCGGCACAACAUGAAUCUGCGCUUCACACACUGCGAGGGCAGGGUGACGGAGUUGGUGGGAUAUCAGCCUGAUGAUCUGAUUGGACGGUCCGCCUAUGAAUUCUAUCAUGCCCUGGACUCUGACCAUGUGACCAAGAGCUUGCACAUCCUCCUGUCUAAGGGUCAGGACACUGCUCAGUACCGCUUCCUGGUUAAGAGCGGGGGGUUUGUGUGGGCGGAGACUCAGGCGACUGUCCUGUACAACAGCAAGACGUCCCAACCUGAAGCUGUGGUCUGCCUCAACUUCAUCCUCAGUGUGGUGGAGCAGCCUGACGUGGUGUUCUCAGUGGAGCAGACUCGCUGUGGUCCCCAGCCCAGCGCUGAGAGUGAGGAGGCCCAGGAGGAGGAGCAGGGCUCGGGCUGCACAGCCAGCAGCAAGCACCCUCCUGGAGCUGGAACCUCAGGCAGCGACACCCAGGAGCUGCUGCCGCUGGCACCGCUCUCUGCAGACACCGACUCACCUCUCUCAGACUUUGUGGAGCUGUCCUUCGCCAGUUCUCCCAGCCCCGACACCGUCCCAGAUGCCCCUCAGGACCUCUGCACCCCUAGCCUGCGCCUGCUCCUCACCCCCAUCUUCGAGCCCCUCUCCUCCUCACCAGCAUCACCCUCCUCACCUGCUCCCGCCCUGGCCUCCAGUGAGGAGAUGUCAGCCUGUGACGAGGUGCAGACGGUUCCUGCCGUCACUCCAGAGGACGGCGUGACUGAGGGUGUGGAGAUGAUGGACUUGGAGAUGUUGGCUCCCUACAUCUCCAUGGAUGAUGACUUCCAGCUCACCUUCCUCUCCCCAGUGCUCCCCGACACUGACCCCUCCGACCCCCCCUCACACCUGCUCAGCACACGCAAACGGACCCACCAGCUGGACAAAGACACGCCCUCCCAACUCCUGAUUGGCUACAAGAGACAGAGACAGGUCCCCUUGUCUCUGGAGCAGGAAAUGCUACUACUGGACUGCUUGGACGAGGCUGAUAACCCAGAGUUGGACCUGGAGCUCCUCCCACUGGGGCGGAGCCAGUUACUGACAGACAGAGACCCUGUGUUAGGGGGGCCACAGGGACUCUGUGACACAGCAGGCUUGAUGAGGGACAUCUUUUUGUCCCGCCCCCCCGACGCCAUGGGCCCAGACCUGCCACUCGUGUCCUCCUUGACUUGAGGGAACAGCUGUCACUCAAACCAGGCGUGGCGGCAGAUUGGCUGCCAUCAUUUCUGAGAUAAAGUAGCCAAGAUUUAACAGAAGCAGCAGUUAGAGGCAGAUACGCACACACGCGCGCACACACACACACACAGCCAAGUACUUAAGGCGAAAUCUCAAUUCUUCUGUAUUUUCCCAGGUCUGCUGACUGUAGCUCCAGUAAGCCUCGCUGUACUAACUCAGAUGUAUCACAGAAACACACACGGGUUAUCAGAAGAUAUUCCAGUUUUUACCUCAGGCAAACGUUUGAACAGUUAAAGAGCUACUGCCCAGAACUCAAUCCCCACCGUCACCACGGAGACAGCAGCUAUUGCUGCGACAUGGACGGUUCAAGCCAAAUCUCCAGUUUCACACACGGUCGGAUCAUUCUAGAAUCUGUGUGAAGUUUCUCUCUCAUCGUCAUGUCAUCAUCUCAGUGCAGGUGUGUCUUUACCUCAACAGACCUCACAGAGAGCCUAUCAGGCCUGUGUGUGUUAUGUUACACAGACCAUGUUGGAUGAACUUUCACAAAAGCUUCGCACACAUAUCUCCUACAUCCUUUUCACAAAGAGAACAGAUUAUAACAGUGGCAUAUUUUCCAUAGCAUUUUAUAUACUUUACAUACUAAACCCUCUGUGAAAAGUUUUUAUUACAUAUAUAACAUGCCCUCCUCGUUGUGUGGGAAUACACCGUAAAAGCUAUACUGUAUUAUUAUAAUUUUUGCUUUAUUAAUUUACUUGAAGAUAGAACUCUGUUUAAAAAUCAGGAGAUUCAUCUGACAUUACUCAAGCAGUAAAAUAUUUCUUUUUUUUUCAUUAAAAGCGUGCUUAAUAUUUAGAGAAAUAGCUGACACAUUUUGUGUUCUGUCAGAAUUUAAUUCGAUUUUAAUGUAACUGUUACUUACUCCUUUGUCUUGUCAUUGAUAUUUGUAUGCAAAAGGAAGAAAAACCAACAAGGAAAUGGAAAUACUGUUAGACAACAGCUGUGCUGGUUUAAAGCUCAGAUGUGCUGCAGUAUUAGAACACUCAGAUACUCCAAUACUGUUUGUUUGUUUAUUGAUCAAGCUCCAAUUUUUGAAUGAGGAACAUCGUCUUCGAUGUCCACAUAUCAGGUCCAGCUUUUUGUCUUUGAAUUAUUUACCAAUAAUGUAUCUUGUCAUACAAAAUAUCUGCAAUAUCAUGUUAUGUAUUUCCGUAAGUUUACUACAAGCCAUGCUUAAGAGACUGUAGUUUACAAUGGUGCCUUUUUAUCGUAACCAUCUUGCAUUUUUUAAAGAUACUGUUGUGUAUCAUACCAUUUUCCUUGUAUGAAUUAUUAAAAAGUGUAAUUUACAUGAA